UAACCUUCAUUUAACUCAUAUCUCCAAAUGUAAAAAAAAAAACUCAAAAUAAGAACUAAUCCCAUGCUUCUAAACUUACUAUUAGCGUUCAUACUUCUAAUGGGUCGGGUUACAUCCGACCCGGACCCGCUCCAAGACUACUGCGUUUCUACUCCUCAUUCACCUCACCAACAUAUCUUCCUCCACGGAGAUCUUUGCAAAGAUCCCACAAAAGUCAACGUCUCCGACUUCACAACCUCCGCACUAUCCAAACCCGGAAAUACACGGGCCAACCCGUUUAUGAUCAACGUCACUCUCACUACAACCACCAAUCUCCCUGGUCUCAACACAAUGGGCCUCACGAUGGGCCGUAUCGACUUUGGCGCCUCCGGAGUAGUCCCACCGCAUGUACACCCACGCGGCUCCGAAGUGACGGUCUGCCUAGACGGUGUGCUUCUGGUCGGGUUCGUGGAUACGUCGGGUCGGGUCUUUACACAGGAGCUUCAUCCUGGUGAGACGUUCGUGUUUCCUAAAGGGUUGAUACAUUUUCUAUACAACAUUGAUACAGUGAGCUCGGCUGUGGCAGUCUCUGGGCUGACUAGUCAGAAUCCUGGGACACAGUUUGUGUCUUUGGUCUCUUUUGAUUCGAAGCUUCCUAUUCCACAAGACGUUUUGAAGAGGCUUUACCGUAUUAAUGACCAGGAAGGAUGUUGCUAACAUCCGCAAAAGUAUUUGAGGCUGAUGGUUGUGUUUCAAAACUCAAAUGGUAUAUAUAUAUAUACAACUCUUUAUAUUUUGUUGAGAAAAGUGUAUUUAAGUUUGAAACUAAUUGCUAAACUAUGUGUAACUAUAUGAUCAUAUGUACAUGUAUAUAUUUAAUAAACAUAACUAUGAG